UAAAAGGUGUCAUGUAGAUAUAAUACAAAAAUUAUUAUAACAAGAAUAGAAAGUUAUAUAAAGUAACAUGGCUCCAUCAGCUGAGGAAUUGAGGAAAAUGUUGGAUGAAAAAAUAAACUUUGGCUUAGAACUUAUCACACGAAUUAAUGUUAUAGAAGAAUUGGACGGUAAUCUGAAACUACAAAGGAAAAUACGACAAGAGAUACAUUUUUUGCAAAGAUUACAGAAAUCGGAUAAGAUCAAAAUAGAACAACUGGCAUGUUCAAAUCUCCGACAUUUAAGUGCUUUGGUUGACUGUGCAACAAGGCCAGGCGCUGUCGCUGUGUGUAAAAUAUUUCAUAUUAGUGACGAAAAUAAAUUAUUGGUUGAUGUAAUUAGUGAUAAUGGAAAAAUAUGGAACAAAGUGAUAGCUCGGAAUCCAAAAUCACUAUCUGCACUUAGUUCUGGAAAUGCAUCAUAUGGUGCAAGAUCAAUUGUAGACCAGGCACAAGAUUAUGUAGAGUGCGCUAAACUCUAUCCAUGUAUGUAUCAACCACCAAAGGUUGUAUUUGAGUUUGUCAGUGGUAUAGAAGAAUCAUUAGCUAACAAAUUGAAAUCACUUGGUGUUAUAGUGAAAGGUGAAGUUCUACCUGAUUCUAAACACAAUGAUGAUGACUGUGAUAAUUCAUGGGAGUCUGAUGAAGAAGAACUAGAUUUUAAUGAACAAAAAUCCAUCCAAGAUGUACCCCAAUGUAUAGAAAGUCAACUAGAAAUUAAAACAUUAAAUCUAGAUGUUAGUGCUAUGAUGGCUUAUGUUAGUAAUAUGACAAAUGGCCAUUGUAAUUAUGUGUUCAAACAAGAAGUUCUAACACAACAAGCUGCUUGGGAAGCGGAAAGACCUGUGAAGCCAGUGCUGGAUAGAUUAUUUCAAGGAAAGACUUUAGUAUGCUGUAUAACUGCAUGGGACGAUUUUAAUAAGAUUAUCAAUAUUUUGGGAGGACCUUUAGAAAAGCAAAGGACUGCGAUUUUAAAAGAAAUGAUCAAAGUUUAUCCAGAUGACAGUGGUGGUAUAGAUGACUAUCCAAGGCAAAAUUUGAAAAUUAGAGGCCACGUAAGAUUGCGCUCUAAAGUCAUAUUCAAUUUUGGUCAUAGAAUUAAAGCUCUUACUGUGUCAGCAAAUGAAGGUUUUGUUAGAGCUGCUUUGCAACAGGGUGUUACAUACGCGGUUUUUAUUCACGAAUCUCGAGCUCUUACGGAAGGAAAAGAAUCAACUGCUACUAAAAUUGACUUAUGAUUUUUCAAGCAUCUAUAUAAGUAUAAAAAAAAAUAAUAAUGAGAAGUUGAAAAUUA